AUGGCAUUUAAGGGCACAACAACUCAUACAAGUGAACAAACUCAAACUAUUUUAGAAUCAUUAGGUGGUAAUAUUAUGUGUGCUAGCAGUCGAGAAGCUAUUAUGUAUCAAUCAGCUAUAUUUAGUCAGGAUUUGCCAAAGAUUAUAUCAUUUUUUGCCGACGUGAUUCGCAAUCCACUUAUUGAUCCAGAAGAAGUUGCUGAACAACGACAAACAGCACUCUAUGAAAUCCAAGAAAUUUGGCAAAAGCCUGAAAUGAUUAUGCCAGAAUUGCUCCAUAUUGUUGCUUAUAAGAAUAAUACACUGGGAAAUCCAAUGUUAUGUCCGGAAGAAAGAUUAAGCAUAAUUACACCGGAACUUAUAAAAGAUUAUAUGUUAACAUGGUAUCGUCCUGAACGAAUUGUGGUGGCUGCUGCAGGAGCUAAACACGAAGAAGUAGUUGAAUUAGUUAACAAACAUUUUGGUGAUAUACCAAAAUCACCAGAUUUUAAUUCUCAUUUUUUAUUGCCACACUCAGUCACUUCAUCAAAUUAUAAACAAUCAAAAUCAUCAUUAUAUAAAACAAUAACUACAGCUGCAUCAUCAAUCCUUCACCCAAAACAACCAACAACAUCUAACAUUGCGACACAAAAAUCACAUUAUACAGGUGGUACGCUCUUGCUCGACAAAUCACAACCUCACACUCAUCUUUAUAUAUCGUUUGAAGGACUUUCAAUUUAUGAUCCUGAUAUAUAUGCACUUGCUAUACUUCAAAUGUUACUUGGAGGAGGAGGUUCAUUUUCAGCUGGUGGACCAGGAAAAGGGAUGUAUACGCGCUUGUUCACUAAUGUUCUAAAUCAAUAUUCAUGGGUGGAGUCUUGUAUGUGUUUCAAUCAUUGUUAUACGGAUUCAGGACUUUUUGGUAUUAUGGCAUCAUGUCGUCCUGAAUAUAAUCGCGCGUUAGUAGAUGUUAUUGCAAAGCAAUUCGAAUCUGUGACAAGUUAUGGACGUGAAGGAGUAACUCAAGUGGAACUGGCGCGUGCAAAGAAUCAAUUAAAAAGUAGUAUAUUAAUGAAUUUAGAAUCUAGAAUGGUUCAAUUAGAGGAUCUAGGUAGACAGGUUCAAGUCCAUGGUUUCAAAAUCCCGGUGGAGGUGAUGUGUAAAAAGAUCGAUGAUGUUACAUUGGAUGAUCUUGUGAGGGUUGCAAGGAAAAUUAUCAGAGGGCAUGUAGUUAACGAAGGGAAAGGUACUGGACAAGUAACGGUAGUUGCGCAAGGAGAUUUAAAUGGAUUACCAGAUGUAGCUAAAAUUUGUGAAGGAUAUGGUCUAGGUAAACAUGGUGACAAGGAUAAUUUAAAAACAGUUUCAUAUACAGUACUUGAUUUAUUACCUAAAAUUUCUUCGUUAGUUGAUACGUGUGAUUAUCAAUUAGCCUUACAAUUUGCUAAAAGAGCUUUGAAUAUGGAAAGUGAUAACAUUAAAGUUUUAGAAAUUUUGGGAAUGGUAGAAAUAGAGUUAGGAAUGUUCGAUGAAGCUAAAGAGCAUUUUUUGAAAGCCAUUUCAAUAAAUCCAAAUCAGGGAUAUUCAAAAUAUAUGUACAUGGGUCAAUUAUGUGAAGGUUUAGAAGCAAUUCAAAAUUUUCAAUGUGGUGUUAAUUUAAUGAUUGACGAACAUAAAUCAAUUAUUUCCAAUAAGUCUUCAUCACCAACAACAAUAUCAUUACAAGAUUCACAAGAAUCUUUAAAUCGUAAAAUUUCUACAGCAUUAUGUUCAAUGAUUGAAAUUUAUUUAACUGAUUGUUGUUUUGAAUCAGACGCAGAAUUAAAAUGUGAUGAAUAUUUAAAUAAAGCUUUGGAAAUCGAUUCAAUGAAUCCUGAAGUCUAUCAAUUAUUAGCUUCAGUUAGACUUUCUCAACAAAAGAACGAAGAAGCAAAAAUUGCGUUAGAAAAAAGUUUAAAUUUAUGGAUUAAUUUAGAACCAGGAGAUCCGUUAAUACCCUCUUACGAUAUUCGAAUAUCUCUAGUAAAAUUACUUCUUGAACUUUCCCAAUAUAACAAAGCACUUGCUGUUCUUGAAAUCUUGCAAAAGGAAGAUGAUCAAAUAGUCGAUAUAUGGUAUCUUUAUGGAUGGUGUUAUUAUUGUAUGGGUCAAGACUCGUUGCAAAAUAAGGAAGAUUAUUUAGCUCAUUGGGAAGACGCUCGUGAUUGUUUGAUUACUUGUGAAAAGUUAUAUCGUAAGACUGAAUCGGAUGAUGAAGGUAUCUUACAACAUACACAAGAAAUUUUACAAACCAUCAACUGCCACGUAAAGCCGGUAUCCAC